AUGGCCUCCAUCUCCCGUGCCUUGCGACCCUUGUCGCGCACUGCUCCCUCGGCCCGUCUGGCCUCCAAGCGGGUAGCUGCCAUCCGCCCAGUUCAGAGCGCUUAUACUUUCUCGACUACUUCCCGCCGGCGGGAUGCCGACCUCUCUAGCCUCACUCCGACCCCGAUCUCCCUUCUAUCCGAGACCGAGUCGAUGAUGGCCGACGCUGUCUCCAAGUUUGCCCAAGAGCAGAUCGGCCCAAAGGUCCGCGACAUGGACGAAGCCGAAACCAUGGACCCCGCCGUGGUGGAGCAGCUCUUUGAGCAGGGCAUUAUGGGCAUCGAGAUCCCUGAGGAGUUCGGCGGCGCAGGCAUGAACUUCACCGCGGCGAUCGUUGCGAUCGAGGAGCUAGCCCGGGUUGACCCCAGUGUCAGCGUCAUGGUCGACGUUCACAACACCCUGGUCAACACCGCCAUCAUGAAAUACGGCGACGCCCAGUCUCACCGCACCUGGCUGCCCAAGCUGAGCACCGGUACCGUUGGCUCGUUCUGUCUGUCGGAACCUGUCUCUGGCUCGGACGCGUUUGCGCUGCAGACUAAGGCCGAGAAGACCGCUGAUGGGUAUAAGCUCAAUGGCUCAAAGAUGUGGAUCACUAACGCCAUGGAGUCGGGUAUUUUCCUCGUGUUCGCCAACCUGAACCCCAGCGCCGGAUACAAAGGCAUCACCGCGUUCGUUGUCGAGAAGGGUACUCCGGGCUUUUCGAUUGCCAAGAAGGAGAAGAAGCUCGGUAUCCGGGCUAGCAGCACCUGCGUGCUCAACUUUGACGACGUUGUCAUCCCCAAGAGCAACCUCCUGGGUGAGGAAGGCCAGGGCUACAAGUAUGCCAUCAAUAUCUUGAACGAGGGCCGUAUCGGUAUUGCUGCGCAGAUGACCGGCCUGGCCCUUGGUGCCUGGGAGCACGCUGCCCGCUACGUCUGGAACGACCGCAAGCAGUUCGGCCAGUUGAUCGGCAACUUCCAGGGCAUGCAGCACCAGAUUGCGCAGGCUUACACCGAGAUUUCCGCAGCCCGGGCUCUCGUCUACAACGCCGCGCGCAAGAAGGAGGCGGGUCAGGACUUUGUGCAGGACGCUGCCAUGGCCAAGCUGUACGCUUCCCAGGUUGCCGGCCGGGUUGCCGGCUCUGCGGUGGAGUGGAUGGGCGGCAUGGGUUUCGUGCGCGAGGGCAUUGCGGAGAAGAUGUUCCGCGACAGCAAAAUUGGCGCGAUCUACGAGGGUACCAGCAACAUUCAGUUACAGACUAUUGCCAAGCUGCUACAGAAGCAAUACACUAACUAG